AUGUCUAUCACGAAUGAAUCCAUCUGGGCUGCCAGCCCCUCCACCACCAGGGGUCAGCCCACCCAGCUUUCUGCGGACGCCAAGGGCGAACGGAUCGCAUAUGCGGCAAACAAAUCGGUUUUCCUCCGCUCGAUUGACAACCCCGCCAUCGCCAGGCAGUACACCGAACAUAAGACGCAGACCACUGUUGCCCGCUUCUCACCCUCGGGCUUCUAUGUUGCCAGUGGUGAUGCUAGUGGUAUAGUGAGAGUCUGGGACUGUGUUGGAGAGGGUAUCACCAAAGGUGAAUACAGCAUUGUGAAUGGUCGGAUCAAUGAUCUUGCCUGGGAUGGCGAUUCCCAGCGCAUCAUUGCUGUCGGUGACGGAAAGCAGCGGUACGGUCACUGCAUUUCUUGGGACAGUGGUAACACUGUCGGCGAGAUCUAUGGUCACACGCAACAGAUCAAUUCCGUCUCGAUCAGGCAGCAAAGGCCGUUGCGGGCUGCUGCCGCGGGUGAUGACAAGAAUCUAGUCUUCUACCACGGCGCACCAUUCAAAUUCAACACCGGAAUCCGUGACAAGCAUACCAACUACAUCUAUGGAGUCGGCUUCAGCCCGGAUGGCUCGACAUUGGUCAGUGUUGGCGCGGACCGCAAGAUCUGGCUGUACGAUGGCAAGACGGGAGAAGUCAGAGGCCAGAUUGGCGAAGGAGAGCACAACGGCAGUAUUUUCGGCCUUUCUUGGUCUAAAGACUCGCGGAAAUUUGCCACAGCCAGCGCAGAUAAGACUGUUAAGAUUUGGGAUGUGGAAGCGGGCAAGGUUACCCAGAGUUGGAACAUGGGAGAGGAAGGGGCUGCAAAUGUCAAGGACCAGCAGGUCGGAGUGGUCUGGCCUCAGGGACGAAGCGAUGGUCUGCUGAUCAGUCUUUCGUUGAGCGGCGACCUUAACUACCUAGUUGAAGGCACCCCGAAGCCCAGACAGGUCGUCCAGGGACACCAGAAGAAUAUCACGUCCUUGACCCAGUCUCGCUCUGGCAGCGAUGCUGAGACCUUGUGGACUGGAAGCUUUGACGGCCGGGUGUGCAGCUGGGAUGUUCCCACGGGGGCCGCAGAAGAAAUGGAAGGCGACAGCCACACGACCUACAUCGCAUGUCUCGCGCCUACACAGGAAGGCAAUGGUCGGAUCUACAGCGUCGCCUGGGACGACACCAUUCGCUCCGUGGAUAUUGGUGCUAAGACUUAUACCGGAAUCUCUUCUAAGCUGUCGGGACAGCCUAAGGGCGUUGCAGCCGCAAAUGACUUGGUGUUAGUGGGAGCGUCGGAGAGCGUGGAGAUCUACAAGGACGGACAGAAGACUGGCGACUUCAAGCCUGACUUCCCAGUCACUGCAGUUGCGGCCCAUGGCAACGUUGCAGCUAUCGGAGGUGAAAACGCGACCGUCCAGAUCUUGGAUAUCGCGGCCUCGAGCCUUUCCCCCAAGGCUACCAUCAAGGCCACGCGGAAUGCGGUGUCUGCCUUGUCUUUCUCCCCCGACGGAUCUCUCUUGGCUGUGGGCGACUCUCGGGGCCGCAUCCUUGUUUACAAGGUCGCAGACGGUAGCCUUGUUACGGAUCGUUGGACGGCGCACACUUCUCGAAUUACUUCACUUGCCUGGAACGACGACAAUGACCACCUGACCAGCGGAUCAUUGGAUACCAACAUCUUCGUCUGGAGUUUGUCCAAGCCCGGCGACUGGCUUCAGGUGUCUAACGCUCACAAAGAAGGCGUGAAUGGUGUUGCCUGGAUCGCCGGAGGAUCUAAGAUUGCCUCAGCUGGUGCUGAUGCGGCAGUUAAGGUAUGGAAAGUGGAAGGUCUCAAUUAG